UACACUCAGCCAUUUAUCUGCACCUAAACAGUCGAACUGCAGCUGUAUCCACUGCAACGAUCACACGUGAAAACGACAAAAAUGCACUAAAGGAAGUACUUUGCGAAGAAGACUCAAACAAUAGGCGCUUUGCAAGAUUAGGAAGUCUCACGCCCCCACGGAAGUCAGGUAAGACAAUUGUGACAGGAGCUGGCGUCCUUAAAAGAGAGGGCGACAUCUCGCUGCCCACUGAUUUCAAGACAACUUCAAACCAUUUUAUUGGCAGGCCACGUUUCUAUCAGUCAUGAUUCUUGGCUGGCUCGUAAUGUCCGCAGCGCUUGCUGUGGCAUUCGCUGUAACAGCGGAAGAAGUCAUCCGCUCAGAAUGGAAAGCCUUCAAGACCAAGCACGCUAGAAACUACGCAUCUGCCGAUGAAGAACUUUUAAGGUUGAAGGUAUUCAUGGAAAACAGCCUGUUCAUCGCAAGGCACAAUGAAAAAUACGAGAAAGGCCUGAAGUCAUACAGCCUCGGCAUGAACCAGUUCGGCGACUUGCUUCAUCAUGAGUUUGUUCAGCUUACUAGCUGCUACGAUCGCAGUGAUGCCAAAAAAGCUGGAUCCACCUACUUGCCACCUGCGAAUAUCGAUGACACUGAUCUUCCGGAAUCACUAGACUGGCGCAAGAAAGGUUACGUCACUCCUGUCAAAAAUCAAGGACGAUGUGGUUCUUGCUGGGCAUUCAGCGCGACCGGAUCACUGGAAGGUCAACACUUCAGGAAGACCGGCAAGCUGGUAUCUCUAAGCGAGCAAAAUCUCGUCGACUGCUCGAAAAGCUACGACAACCAUGGCUGCAACGGUGGAAGUAUGGAGAAUGCCUUCGAAUAUAUAAAAGCCAACGGUGGAAUUGACACCGAAGAGAGCUACCCUUACCUUGGCCAUGAGGAGCGCGAGUGCAAGUUCAAGAAGGAGGACGUCGGAGCCACGGUGACAGGAAUGGUGAACGUGAAGGAGGGCUCCGAGAAAGAUUUGAAAAACGCCGUGGCAACUGUUGGACCAGUGUCCGUCGCCAUUGACGCGAGCCAGCGCUCGUUCCAGUUCUAUAAGCAAGGUGUGUACGAUGAGAAGGCAUGCAGCAGCUCCAGACUUGACCACGGUGUGCUCGCCGUCGGCUACGGGGUUCUCAACGGAACAAAGUAUUGGCUUGUUAAAAACAGCUGGGCUCAAGAUUGGGGAGAUGAGGGCUACAUAUACAUGUCACGUGACAAGGACAACCAGUGCGGCAUCGCCACCGACGCAUCAUAUCCUCUUGUUUGAAAUUUCGUCAUACAGUGUAUGAAAAAUAAAUACUUAAAAACGAGUUGUACUCUUCUA